CACACAUCAACAGCCAUCAGGUAAGGUAAGUCAGUGCACCACUAGCGGCAUGCACACACAACGUUCGUGGAAAAGGUACGCAUUGCAUCCACGUCACGUCGCAGAGCAGCAGACGAUCCUCUGACACGAGACAGCCGGACUCUCCUCCAGUAACACUCUCGGCCGGCCCAUACCGACUGUCUGCACGACUCCUUCCUCACACACAGGCAGGCUCGGCCGAGGUGAGGCGAAGCCGACGGCAUUCAGCCGGGCGAUGUUCGGUCUCGGCGAGGCUAGUGGCGGGAAUGGCGAGGGUAGAGGGGCGUGUGGACAGAAUGGGUGGACGGGGAGGGGCCUCGUCUGAAUGCGCGGCGUCGGCGGGAGAGACACCAGCCGCACGGGCGGCGGACGGGGGCUGGCGUGACUCACGACGCACACGCGGGCAGAGCGAGAUGUCUGAAGCCGCAAGGUGAGACGAGACAUAUCACAUACAUCACCAACAUGUACACAUACAUACGUGAAUUGGCAUCGCUGACCUGAUAGCCCUCGUCGGUGUCACGUCUGCACACCGCAAGGUUCGGGCGGGCAGGAUGUGAGCCAUCCAUCGGUGGGACGGGGAAGGGAGAGAACGGGUCCUGUGGGCACAAGUCACACACAAUGCACUUGCAGACACCAUUGAUGCACACGCACGAGUCCCAUUGACAUACCUGUAGCCUCCCGUUGACAAUGCGUCUCAUGCCGCGCGUCGGCGAAUCAAACAAAGGCCGCUGGAACCAUGGCUUUGAUGUGGGGCAUACCGGCCCAUUAGGGGAUGCAGGGGGUGGACUCCAGGUUAUCGCUUCGGCAGCCUGGGGUUGGUACACCAGGGCAGCGUGUCGUUCGGCAGGCGACGAGGGAUCUGCAUCUUCUUGGCCCAUUCCCUGUCGCCGCUUUCGCCCCUUGGCUGCCCAGUGAGGGACGCCCGGCUCGGAUGGCGGCGAGGCCUUGGGAAGAGCACCCGGUGCGCUCACCUUUGCGCCACUCACGGACCGUCUUCGCCGUCUGGGGUCGCUCCCAAGCGACUCAGUGCGGGUGUUCCUCCUCUUUGGUGCAUUGCACCCUCGCGACACCAGCCUGGGCGGUGGGGCCUUGAUGGCAACAGCAACAGCGGCUGUUGCGGCAGCGGAUUGGUGUCGUGUGGCUGGGUCCGGCAUUUGGGGGUCUGCUGGUGCGAGCAUCCGCUGUGCCUGAAGGCUGAGGGCAUCCACCAAAGGCCCAUUGCUCGAUAUGCCAUCUGAUUGAUAAAACAAGACGAAGGCAGCAAGGCUGGUCGUCGGAUUCAAACAGUGUGGCAUGCGCGGCUUAGUUGUGGUCCGCACCUGUCCCGCCGGGCCGCGCUGCUCUUUUCGGUGGAGGUGGCGUGUGCAGAAUGGGAGACUGUUAGAGGGACAGAGAGGGGGAGACAUGAGGGUGUUCAUGUCCCUCUCUCAUUUCCCUCCCACCUCAGGUUGGGCAUAUGCCUUCUCCAGCUCGGCUCUCAUCUGUCACGCACACACAUACACCAAGUGAAUGAGUGGAAGCAUAGCAUCUGUGUGAUUCUACGAAUAGGGCACACCCACUUGGUUGUUCUCGGCUUCCAGUUUGUCCACCAUCAGCCUCAGGUCGACCUCAGUCUUUCUUGCGUGAGCUAUUUCUUCCACCUUGCCCUGGCCAGCAGCGCCUCCAGGUCGAUCUGGCGAGACGUCGGCAGCGGGUCGGACGGAGAAGCGGCGUCACUCUCCCUCUGUUCCUCAGUGGCCGCUGCUAUGCCACCGGAUGGCGCACUCUCGCGAUUACCGUAUGUGUCAGUGUUGCUGCGCCUGAAGAGGCGAGCAGCACAGUGCGUGGUGAUCUGCUUGUGGUGUUUUGUGUUACUGGUAGUGUUGUCUCCGUUUGCUGUCUUGCGAGCCGUGGCGGUCAGAUGGGGGGUCUGAGUCAUCGUCGCUCUCAUCGACACUGCUGAGGGACCGCUGGCCCCCGCCAAAUGGUCCCUCAGCACCGGUGGUGUGUGAGCGGACCACACGACGCCUGGCGGCGUUGUGGAGCUCCGACUGGAAGAGCUCGUCUGCGAGUGAGACUCGCUUGGUGAGGUUGGCGGCCUGGAUGCGGGACCUGUGGCCCAGCUCUUCAUCCAACUCUUGCACCUAUGUAUGCAUGGACACAUCCACAGAUACACAGACACUCAUCUGAGACACGAAACUUCAAUGAGCCAAGAUCUGGCUUCCUUACCCUCUGUCUCAUGUUAUCCAGGUCUUGCUGGAGGUAGCCGAUGCGCGCCAAGUGGUCCCUCUGCUCGCCCUCCAGUCGGUCCUUCUCCACCCUCUCUGUGUCCAGCUGCCUCUCCAACUCAUGAAUCCGGUCCAGCAACUCAUGACGCUCCCUAACAGCAACCGCACACAACACAGGUCAUUCAGUCGACGAGAGGUGCCAGACUGACAGCGCAGACAGACAGCAGGCACCACAUACUUACUUUUCCAAUGAUUUGCAUGUGCGUCUGAGGGCCUCCUGGCUUCUCUUGUGCGAUUCCAUCACUGCCGUCAGUUCCUGCUGGGCGUCUGUAUCCUGCAAAGACUCCGAUGACCCCUGUGGGCUGUGCUGGCGGUCGCCAAGAAGUUCCAGACUCUGACGCAUGGCGUCCAUCUGACGCAAGGAGAGGAAAGGCAGGGCGUGCCUCAUUCCUCAGAUGAACGAAUGGAUCGGUUCCAUUCGUCCAUGCAUUUCACCUCUCUGCGAUGUUCGAGUGUCUGCGCCUCCAGCAACUGGCGGCCCUCCUCAACCUCAGCCUCCAAUGCUGUCUCCCUCUCGCGCAGACUCUCAAUCCUCCUCCCCUGGUGGGCAUUCGUCUCCCGCAGCGCCUCCACCUCCCUCUCAGCUGCCGCCAGUGAGCUCAUGAUCUCAUCGCUCCACUCCAUGUGCCGUCUCUCCACGUCAGCAUCAGCAGCCGUCCUUCGCCUCGCCCGUCUCUCCAGCUCACGCACACGCCCCUCCCUCUCCUCCAGCUCCUGCAUGCGGCAGCUGACCGCCGAUGCCUUGGCCUUGGCGCGCCAGUACUUGGCGUAUGACCGCACUCGCAUGAGUGUCGAGAGGCUGACUGGGGAGGCCUGUGGGCGAGAUGGGGGGACGGGUGUGGUUGGGGGAGGGUUGCGGCCCUCAUUUGCUGAACGGCGUGAAGGCGAGUGGACGGACGGCUGUGUUGCAGUGGGCGGUUUGGGGCUGAGCUGACGGGAGAGUCUCUGGCCGGGUGGUGAGCUGAUCUUCUCGUCCGAAGGUAUCGAGAACCGCCUGCCUUUCCUCGUGACGCUAUCCUGUUUAUUGUCUGCGUUUGCUUCAGGUGCAAGGGCGGACUUGCGCUGAGUCGGCGGGCUCUGAGGCACGCUGCUCCGUCUGCGGCCUUCAUGGCGGAUGGCCUGGGAAGUUUGCUGCUGCUCGAACGAGCGGGAUGCGGGCACCCACGUUCGCAGAGAUUUGUUGGUCUUGCCCAUUGCAAGUCGCAU